AAUGUGUUAUGUAGGUUGGGACAUCCCAAAAUAGAAUACAUGUCAUGAACAAUAGGACGAAGUGAGUAUCUUGCCAGUACACUGAUUAAGACAUGAAUGGUAAUUUACGUAUUUUAGACACAAGAAUCAAGAUCAAGUUUUUAUAAUAAAUGGGCAUUUUUAAUUUUUGACUUAAUAAAAUUGGCAUAAAUUUUUCUGCCUCUUUUUAAAAACACUACUUAUUCCAUAUUUUAAUACCACGACGGUGAGGCUGGAUAGAAUUGAAUAUUAAUUUGUGAUAGUGGGCUAACUUUGAACAAUCUGUAAGAUUCCUCGAAAGACCCCAAUUAAAAUACGAUCUGAUUGUUCUUGAUAGUCAUAGUGUUUGAUUUGAAGAAGACGAUACCGAUGGAAGAGGAAAUCAAGAAUGUAAGUUGUGUUUGGUUAGCGGUGAUUGGGGCCUUCUGUUAUUGCCGUUUGGUUUCUUCAAGAUUGUCCAUCCCUAAAUGGAGGCUCAUCUCCAUCGCUCCCGUGCUCUGCCUCUUGGCGGUUGCGCCGCUCUGUAUACGCUCCUCCGCCUUCAUCACGGCCCUCACCGCUUUCUUCAUAACCUGGCUCGCCACUUUCAAGCUACUCCUCUUCGCCUUCGAUUUGGGCCCUCUCGCCUCCAAUCCCCCCAAAUCCCUCCCGGUUUUCGUCGCCCUCGCCGCUCUCCCCUUCCGGCUGAAGCCGCCCGCCACCGCCAAGAAGUCCAAGAAACUGCCUCUCAAUUUGGCCACCGAAAUCCCAAUUUCAGCGGUGCUGAUAUCCGCCUUGUUCGAGUACAAAGAGAAAAUGCAUCCGUUUUUGGUGCUGGUUGCAUACUGCUGCUUGGUGUUCCUGAUGAUCGAGAUUCUGGUGGAGAUGUCGAGCAAAUUGGUGCGGGCGGUGGUGGGGAUGGAGCUGGAGCCGCCCUCCGACGAGCCCUACCUCUCGGCGUCGCUGCAGGAGUUCUGGGGUAGGCGCUGGAACCUCACGGUCAACAGCAUACUGCGCGAGGCGGUGUUCGGCCCGGUGCGGCGGGCGACUGCCGGCGCGGUGGGCGGAGAAACGGCGGCUCUGAUGGGGGUGUUGGCGUCCUUCGUUGUGUCGGGCCUUAUGCACGAGCUGCUGUUCUGGUACGUGGCUCCGGGCACGCCGCCUUCGUGGGAGAUGACCAUGUUUUUCGUGCUCCACGGCGUUUGCGUGGUGGCGGAGAUCGGAAUAAAGAAGCGGUUGGGGAAGAGGAAAUGGCGGUUGCCAUGGUUCGUGACGGGGCCGCUCACGGUUUGUUUUGUGAUGGGGACGAGUUUCUGGCUCUUUUUCCCGCCGGUGAUGAGGACUGGUGCGGACGUCAGAGUGAUCGAGGAACUACGAUUUGCAGGGGAGCUUUUCAUCGCUAAGAUCAAGGAACUAUGGUUGCAUUCCUGCAACAAAUUUACUUGAUUUAUGUCUUACAAUUGGAUUUUUCGUCAGCUCAAUAAACUCAUUAACUACUGAAUUUUUUAGUUUGUUAAUACAUUGAAUGAAACCAUUGCUUUGGGUAA